AUGGGCUGGGAUUCGGAAGAAAGUCAGCCACUGACGUGGCAGUACACGGGGGGCUCCGUGCUCAAGUGCGACCUGCGCAUGCUGCACCUGAUUGGCGUGUGGCCCCUUUCAGGUACGCGGCUGUAUCGAUGCCUCGUGACUGUCGUCAUCGCUCUUUGUUUCGGGCACUUCGUCGAGGCCGUGAUCCAUCUCUGCACGCUGGACGGAUAUCUGGAAGACUUCACCUUGGCUCUGUCCAACAUCUCGUUUGUUAUCGUGGGUGUCCUCAAAGUGACCUUCUUCUUGAGGUAUGAGUGUGCCUACUGCCGCCUGGUGCGAUGGCUGGACGACCUGGUGACCAGCCAGAGGGAGUACACUCGAGGAAGACCACAGCUCGAGGAGAUUUCCGCUGGAGCCCAGAGGCUCGCUCGGCGCAUUACCAAAGCGUUCACCGUGUACGACGCUAUUGUGGUCCUCGCAUGGACGCUGGUGCCACUUACAGCGCCACCCGAAGCCAAAAGAUUGCCUUUCGAGCAGCUGCCCUUGACGGAGGAGAGCCCGUACUCCCUUUACGCGCUGUCCUACGCCAUACAGGGCGCCUCCACGUUAUGGAUCGCUGUAAUCAGCGUUCAGAUGGACUGCUUCUUCACGGCCGUCAUGAUACACGCCGCUUCUCAGCUCAGGAUACUAUCCUUGCGCAUAUCUGACCUUCAGCUGGGAAACGGUCACCUGCAACUUGAGGACAAUGGCUCACUUGAUGGCAUGUACGAGGAACUACGUUUGUGCAUACACACUCACCAGGAUAUCGCAAGAUUCGUCAAGCACCUGGAAAGCGUCAUGAACCCUAUCGCAAUGAUGCAGCUCGCUGUUGGAGUGUUUAACGGCUGCAUGCUGAUAUUCCCGGCGACGUACAGCUCGGAGAACGAAGCCCUGUUGAAGUGCUUGGCCGCCGCCCCCACCAUCAGCGCUCAGCUGCUGCUCUACUGUCUGGGGGCGCACAGCGUGCGGGAGCAGGGAGAGGCGGUGUCGCUGGGGGCCUACAGCUGUGGCUGGCAGGACGCGAGCGCCGGCUUCCGGCGAGCGCUGUUGGUGGUCAUGGCGAGGGCGCAGAAGCCGCUGACGCUCACUGCCGGUGGCAUCUACCCCAUACAGAGGGCCACCUUCCUGUCGGUAGGCACCGCACUAGCACAGCCUUAG